CUUGGACCUGACCACUAUCCCACUUCCCCACUAAAGAGUAAAGACAAACCCACGUCUCUCUCUAGUUUUUUUUUUUGUUUUUUUUUCCGACUCAGAUUAGAAACUCUUUUUUGGGUUCAAAAAGAAAAAAACGAAAACUCUUCUUGGUAUUUUUGGCUCCAUUGUUACAGUGAAGAAGCUCAAUUAUUAGUCGGAGCUGGGACAUCGUAAAGUGAAAAAAAAAAAAAAAAUUCCAACAGUUUGUAACCCGUUGAGCUGAAAAUGGGUGCUUCAGGAAAAUGGGUGAAAGCGCUAAUAGGUCAUAAGAAGACUGAAAAAGAAGACCAUGAUAAGUCGGCUGGGAAGAGCAAGAAAUGGAGGCUAUGGAGGAGUUCGUCCGUGGACAUGGGGUCAGCGUGGAAGGGUUUCAAAGGGAGCCACAGGGCAGCUUCCGAAGGCUCCGAUUCGCCGCGCAUGGCUGAUGCUUUCUCGGCCGCCAUGGCUACUGUUGUUCGAGCUCCUCCCAGAGAUUUUAAGGUUGUCCGACAAGAAUGGGCUGCCAUCAGGAUCCAGACCGCUUUUCGUGGAUUUUUGGCAAGAAGGGCUUUGAGGGCGUUGAAAGGAGUGGUGAGGCUUCAAGCUCUAGUAAGGGGUAGACAAGUGAGGAAGCAAGCCGCUGUGACUCUGAGGUGCAUGCAAGCCCUCGUCAGAGUUCAGGCCCGUGUGAGAGCUCGUCACGUGCGAAUGUCCAUUGAAGGCCAAGCUGUGCAGCAAAUGCUCGACGAACAUCGCAGCCAGGCUGAAAUCUUGAAACAAGCUGAGGAAGGGUGGUGCGAUAGCAUGGGAACUUUAGAAGAUAUUCAAGCAAAGUUACAAAUGAGGCAAGAAGGGGCCUUCAAGAGGGAGAGAGCAAUUGCAUACUCUUUAGCUCAAAAGCAAUGGAGAUCAACACAAGAUUCGAAUUCUCGACCAAACCAUAAUAGCUCGGUUUUCUCUCUCAAGAAUCAAGAGUUUGACAAGAAUAGCUGGGGAUGGAGUUGGUUGGAGCGUUGGAUGGCUGCAAAGCCGUGGGAAACUAGGCUGAUGGAACAAUCCCAAACUGACCCUUCAGAGAUCACUCCACCUUCAAAGAAUUCCACAGACUCGCUUGCUUGCAAACGGUCGAAAUCUUGGGAAGCUUGUGCCAUUAAAGUCAGAAACAACAAUGUCACCAAAAGGAUUUCAGCAAAGCCUCCACUAAUUGGGCAAGCUACUCGCUCAUCUUCGAGUCCCAGUUCUGAAUUUCGUUACGGCGAGAGCUCUGCUUCCUCUUCGUUCUGUACAUCAACAACACCAAUCUCUGGGAACACAGUUUUGGCUUCAGAUAGAACAGAUGAUAGCAGCACAAACAGCAGGCCCAAUUACAUGAACUUGACCGAGUCUACGAAGGCAAAGCAAAAGGGAAGCAGCACCCAGCAGCCAUCUCACAACCGAAUUCUUAGGCAGUCCAUGGAUGAGUUUCAGUUUCUGAAGAGGUCUGCUGUUUUCGCCAAUGGGGAUUCUAAAAGCACUGCUGGUUCUGACCAAUCUUCUUCACUCAACAACUCUAGGCCACUUUACAUGUCAACACAGUUGAACGCAAUGAAACUAAGGUGAGGACAUUACUUUGAGAUUGAGAAGAAGAUCAACAGCUUGUUGUCCCUUUUGCAUUUUGAUUUUAUUGUGUAUUAAUUAAUCGUUUAGCGCGGUGUUCUAUAUAAAUCAUAACACUUGUUGUAUUCGAAGAACGGAUUAGUAUCCUGGAGGUAUGCUUUUAAUUCUGCCUUGUAAAAUAGUUCAUUUAUUAUCAUGGUUAAAUUUGUCUCCUUAUGCAU